UCGGAGGCGUAUCGUAUGCGCACUCGCUCCUCCAAUCAGCCAGUCGUUAGUGAUGGUUAGCUGUGAACGGGAGACGUCGAGAAAUGCGCCUUAGGCAUGUAACUCUGUCUCUCAGAGAUACCAGAAGGCCGCAGCAUGUUCGCUUACGGUUUCGAAAUCACAUAGACCUGUAAUAUGCCAGCGGCCAGUGCGAGUUCGCGGUAAAAAUCUGGCGUGAGCGACAUGGCGUCGGUGGUCGGCUCUGCCGAUAAGCCGCCCGCCUUGCAUGGUCACAGCUUCUUGAAGAAAACGUUCCACAAACUCACCAACUGCCAUCACUGCAGCGAAACGCUCUGGGGCCCCAUACAGCAAGGCUUCAGCUGCGAAGUAUGUCACUUCGUGGUGCACGAUCGCUGUCUCAAGGUUGUUGUAUCUCCUUGUUCGAGCAUUGCUGCAAGCCUAAUCAAGAACCCAGUAGCGCACUGUUGGUCGGAGCAGUUGAACACGAAGCGGAAAUUUUGCAACGUCUGUAGAAGGAAAUUAGACGACAGUUUAUCCAUCCAUUGUGAGAUCUGUGAAUAUUUCGUACAUACGGACUGCCAAGAUUUCGCUGUGCCCGACUGUAAAGAGAACGCUACCUACCUCCCAGGGAAACAGCUCAAUUUUGUACAACACCAACAUCAUUGGCGUGAGGGGAACUUACCAUCAAACUCCAAAUGUGCCAUGUGCAAGAAAAAUUGUUUCUACGCCGAUUUCCUUUCUGGUUUUCGAUGCGAAUGGUGCGGCGUGACUUGUCACGCCGCAUGUCACGUGAACAUGCCGACAGAGUGUACAUUUGGGGUGUUGGAACCAAUCUACCUACCUCCUCAUGCCGUGAGCAUACCUCGAACAGAGGUGCCUAUGGAAGCCAUUAUUGGGGUUCAAGUAAGAAGGAAAGACACCUUGUCUCGUGAGUAUUCCUGCCCGCGCAGCAUUUCAGAGGAGUUCAGCAGCGGAGACGCUGGUCGAUAUCGGGAACUGGAGGAAUACGCACAAUCUCACUCACAGGGCAAGGAGCGACAAGACAAGCAGAACAAGGACAGGGAGGAUAGGGAUGAAGAUAUCGUGAAGGUGUACGAUGGCAACAAUUCCUUCAAGAAGCGUAUAUUUCGGACUAUAUCGGUAGCAAAACAAGCUCCCUUGCAACAGGUACUCACACAGGCCCUAAGAGCAUUUCACAUUACGAAAGACCCGGACUCUUUUCAUCUCACCGACAUUUAUUCGACAGACGAGGAAGUUCUUCAAGAUCCUACGCCUGUUUUGAAUUUAACCAGGAAGGAAGGAAAGAGACCUGCUGUUUUUCUUCGGUUUAGAGAUCGGGAUAACGAUUCUGGAGAAGUGCGUGUGUAUCCUGGGAAGUUACAGGUAUCCAAGGCAUUCUGCACCGUGCCUGUGGAUUCGAAUUCAACUGUCAGAGACAUGAUCAAAGAGGCCCUCAAAAGGUUUGGUUUAGAGGCGUACAGUCCGGAUGAUUAUAGAUGCAGUGAGAAACUACUAGAUAGGGGAGUUACCGAAAGAGUUCUCUCUUCGAAUGAACGCCCUUGGGAAAUAAUGAAACAACUUGGUAAAGAUAGUAUUCGACAGAUGGAGUUGAUGAGGUUCUACUUACAACUGAAACAGGACCCUCAUGGACCAAACCUAGCACUUUUCGUUGGAAAUCUACCUCCUAGUUUGUCAGAACGGAAUUACGAAAAUAUUUUAACAGGUUAUUUGAGUAAAGAUGAUAUAUACACAAGUAUCGGACCUAUUUAUUACGAAUAUGGAUCUAUGGUCAUAACCUACAAUGAUUCCGAUAAGGCGGUACGUGCACUUUACACUCUGAGGGAAUCUAAGUUUGAAGACAAACAUUUACUUGUUAUGCUUUUGCCAAAUAUAGAACAUUCAAUGAUACCUCCAGGGGUACAACCUCUUCUGGUAUUCGUCAACGUCAAAUCGGGCGGGUGUCAAGGCCUAGAGUUAAUCACCAGUUUUAGGAAACUUCUGAAUCCAUAUCAAGUGUUUGACUUGGACAAUGGCGGUCCCCUGCCGGGGUUAUAUGUGUUCCGAAACAUUCAGAACUAUAAAAUACUCGUGUGUGGUGGCGAUGGUACGAUAGGAUGGGUGCUUCAGUGCUUGGAUAACGUAGGGCAGGAUUCCCAAUGUUCAUCUCCAGCUUGCGCCAUAGUACCGCUUGGAACAGGAAAUGACCUCGCGCGUGUGUUGCGCUGGGGUACAGGCUACAAUGGUGGCGAAGAUCCUCUGAACCUCCUACGGGACGUGAUAGACGCAGAAGAAAUUCGUCUGGACCGGUGGACAGUUGUCUUUCAUCCUGAGGAUAAGUCCGAUGAUGGAAUGAAGCAAGUGAAUUCCACUGGUAAGAAGAGGCAAAAACUCUCCAAAUUGAGACUCGUGACCAAUGAGCAAAUCAAAAGAGCAGUUAUAGCAAGCACUACCAGUGAGGACAACUCUCAAAUCUUCGUCAUGAACAACUAUUUUGGAAUUGGUAUCGAUGCUGACCUUUGCCUAGAUUUUCACAAUGCUAGAGAAGAAAAUCCGAACAAGUUCAACAGCAGACUUCAUAAUAAGAGUGUUUACGUGAGAAUGGGACUGAGAAAAAUGGUUGGACCGAAGAUGUGUAAGGAUCUGAGGAAAGAAAUGCGUUUGGAAGUUGAUGGAAGGCUAAUUGAACUACCUCAAAUUGAAGGGAUCAUUAUAUUGAAUAUUUUGAGCUGGGGCUCUGGUGCUAAUCCAUGGGGCCCUGAAAAAGAAGACAACUUCGUUAAACCCAACCAUUGGGAUGGUAUGCUAGAAAUUGUUGGUGUUACUGGAGUUGUCCAUUUAGGUCAAAUACAAUCGGGACUCAGAUCAGCAAUGAGGAUUGCUCAGGGAGGACACAUCAAAAUUCAUCUCAGCUCUGAAAUACCCGUCCAAGUGGACGGAGAACCAUGGGUACAAAGUCCCUGCGAUGUAGUGGUCUCAAAAUCAGCUUUAAAGGCGACCAUGUUGAAGAAAAGUAAAUUCAAAAGACGACCUACUGAACCGUUCAUAAUGCCCACAAAUGGGGAGGGGGGCAAAAGCACAGACGACCAAAGUUAAAAGACCUCAUUUUACACACCACUACAUCACAUUAAACUCGUAUUUCUUGACUAUCAUUGUUUUUCCUGUUCACCAGCAUGCAAAGAGCUUGACUUUACAUUUAUCUAACUGCUGGGUAGUUUUCGAAACUAGUAGAACUACAUUUAUAGACUAGAAACUGUCUAAAAAAUUUUAGUCGUAUUCUCUUUGGCUACUUUACAUUAUAUUUCUGACGUAUAUUAGUGUUAGUUCAAGGAAUGCGAAGGUUCUUCUUCUAAAUUACUGUCCAUAGAAUUAAUUUGUUGACCACUUUUGAAUCGAAUUUUAAUAUACCAGCACUUUUUCUAAAGGAAACCUCUUGUCUGAAAGUUUUUUAUCAUGAUGUACGAUUUAAGCUUACAUAAGCUGAAUUAUAAGUUUUAUCUUGUAUGAAAGGUUUCUUAUGAUGAAUAAUAGUUUAAUGUGAAUUGGUACAAUGAAAGCAAUAAGAAUAUAAAACAAGGUCGUUAUGAUUCAUAAAUGUAAUGCGCCCCUCCCUUAGGCCACCAUGUUGAAAAAGAUGAAGGGGAAGAUGAAGAGGCGUAACACCGAACCCACGAUGUUGGUAUCACCAGGGACGCAGUUGGCACCACUUCCCUCUAAUGACGGGGAAUCACCGACAGACCCAAACAAUACAACGUUUUAGCACAGAAGUGGUUUGUACCACACUUCUGUGGAGUCGAUUUCAUCGUUUUUUGCUUAAUAUAGAAGUUACUUUCUUUCUCAUCUUAUUACUUUACUUUUAAUGUUUAAUCACACAUAACUUUGCACAUUCGUAUACUGUAAUGAAUAUUACGUUGAGUAUGGUAUUUUACCAGAAUGGUGAAUAUAUAUUGACAUAUAUGUUGCGAUAUAUGUGUCAAUAUAUGUGGAUAACCAAGCCAAAUAUUGUUUGAAACUUUUUUCAAGAAGGCGAGUCAUGCCUUAGAUAUAUUUAGUUUUGUUCAAAUAUUUGUUAUUUUCUGAAUAGUUUUAAAAACACAUAGAAAUGACGUUACCUUCGGAGUGCCCUGCUGUACUCCUAAGUUUGUUGGUCAUUAAGUGACAUGUAUAAGACUAGUAUGUGUUUGAAACGCAUAUUCAGAUAUAAAGGUGAUAGUUGAAGAAGCUAUUGUUACAAUAGAAAGAUUGUGUGACUCAAGUGAAAUGCGUUUCAAAAUAUAUCAGUCUGUUGAAGGUUUGAGUAGACUAUGCUAGUCUCCUUUUCUCGGUUUACUUGAACGUACAGUUUCAGAAUUCAACAUCAAACAAAGAUAGUGGUGCUACGGAUGAUGAUUCUUAUCCGAGGUACUACCGCACCCUAGUGUUGAAUUCUGAAACUCCGAUCAAGUAGAAGCCGCAAUUCAAAGACGUUAGGCCUCUCUAUCCAGGAAGCGACCUCUAACGCCCAUAGGAAUCUGUCUCACCACAGGGGCUCAAUUUUUUCAUGGGUUUCGCAACCUGGAGCUUCUUUCAGAAGACCCAUGAUUAUAAUAUAGUGGGGGCGACAGAUUCCUCAAAUGAUAGCUACCAUUAUUUAGCUGUUAUCCUACAAAUUGGUGUGCUAUUUGUUUAUAAUUAUAUUUCCCGAAAAUUAUAAAAAAGAUAUACCACGGCAGAUUUUUAAUCUGCGACAGAUUUUUCCGAAUCUGUUUUUUUACCUGAAGAUGUUUUGAAUUCAAAUCGGUGAUAUUCUUGAAUCAACUGACAGGUCUCAAGAUGCAAGUUAUUGAGGAUAAGUUAUUGUAGGAUUUCUGAUUUGACAAACAUCUUUCUUACACAUAAAAUAUGAAAUAUAUGUAUAUGUGAUCAUAGAUAUAUUUAAAAUUGUGAAAUAUAGAAUUAUAAAUGUA